CACCACCUAGUUUCUUAGAAGUGAUAAUAUAAAUAUUCAUGGGUGCCGCCAUCCUUCACCUCUUCCUCUUCCUCUUUCACGUCUUCUCAUCUCAUUCAUUUCCCUUGCUCCACUCCCAACAAUUCCCCAUCACCAACGAAGGUGGCGGCAUCGACCCCGCCAAAACUCCCGUCUACAUCGUUCACGUGGAGAAGCCUCGUGGCAUCUACAACCGUUCACUUCGCUUACGCGAUCUUAAAAAUUGGUACAUGUCUUUUCUUCCAAAUGCCACCCUUGACACCGGAGAACCUCGUAUGGUAUACAUCUAUCGUGAAGUCAUCACCGGCUUUGCCGCCCGCCUAACCCCCGAAGAAGUCGAUGCAAUGGAAUCCAUUGAUGGCUUCAUCCAGGCAAACCCAGAACGAGAACACUAUGCUUCCACAACCUACACCCCCACCUUCCUUUCCCUUAAAGGAAAACCAUCGAACACUUUAUGGUAUGACUCUUCCAUGGGCGCCGGUCAAAUUAUUGGUGUCAUCGAUAGUGGCAUCAACCCAUAUCAUCCCUCCUUCAAUGACCAUGGGAUGACACCUGCUCCUCUGAAGUGGAGUGGCAAAUGCUAUUGGGGGAAUGCACGUACUUGCAACAACAAACUCCUCGGUGCCAUCGCAUUUCGUUACAGAGCUUACUCUGACCCAUAUGACAACGAUGGCCAUGGCACCCACGUUGCUAGCACAGCGGCUGCGGCCGGGAAUUUCGUCAAUAAUGCCAAUGUGAUAGGGCAGGCUGCCGGGACAGCCUCUGGCAUGGCCCCACGUGCUCAUCUUGCUAUUUAUAAAGUCUUAUUUCUCGGCCCAUCGGGCCACUCUACCGGUACUGAUGCAGAUAUCUAUGCUGGUAUAGAACAGGCCAUGCGUGACCAUGUUGAUAUUCUUCAAAUGUCGCUUGGGGCGGUCAAGCUUGAUCUGUUUGAUAGUCCGGGGCCAACACCGAGCAUAUUAGCUAAUGACGCGCCAUGGAUACUAACUGUUGGUGCGAGUGAGUCAGCUUACCAACCUGGGACCUUUCCUUCAACUCAAAUACCACUGGCAUACCCAUCCGAACAGCUUGGAACGCCUGAUUCAAUGGGUUGUAAAUUGGUUGAGCUCAAGAAGUUAAAUCUUAGGGACAAAAUUGUUAUAUGCUUUCGCUAUGGCAUAGAGGAUGAUGUGCGUGGCCGCAAUGUGUUGACUUCCGGUGGCAAAGCCAUGAUUUUAUUGAAUAAUAUGGUGGCAGGAGAGACCACUAACGCUUAUGUACAUGUGCUCCCUGCCUCACAACUUAACAACACUGGUAGCAAUGCCAUAGACGAGUACUAUCGCAACACAGUGAACCCGACUGCAACGAUAAACUUUCGUGGGACCCUAUUUGGAGUUAACUCUGCCCCAGCCGUCGCAGUCUUCUCAUCACGAGGACCGAGCUUGACCAAUGGAGGGAUCAUAAAACCUGAUAUCAUUGCACCAGGAGUCAGUAUUCUAGCUGCGUGGCCGCGAACGGUGGGGCCCACCAAAUCCAUAUUUAACUUCUUAAGCGGUACGUCCAUGGCUACUCCGCAUGUGUCUGGCAUCGUGGCACUGUUAAGAAACAAGUACCCGAACUGGUCACCGGCGGCAAUCAAAUCAGCGAUUAUGACAACCGCAUAUACAUUAGACCGCAAAGGGAAUCCAAUCACAGACGAAUACGAAGGUACUCCCGCUACGGUGUUCGAGCAAGGAGCAGGCCAUAUAGAUCCAGAAGCAGCCACGAAACCUGGGAUUAUAUACGAGCUAAAUUACUAUGACUAUGUCCAUUACUUAUGUGGAUACUAUAAAUCGAAUAUUCCAGUACAAAUGAUCAUAAAGACUAGGGUGAAUUGUGCGCAGGUAAAAUCAAUAGCGCCAGAGCAACUUAAUUAUCCAUCUUUUAGUGUGAGUAUCGGAGGCAACAAACCAGAGGGGAGGGUGAUGAGGAAAGUAAUAAAUGUCGGGGAUGCAGGGUCAACUUAUACUCUGGAUGUGAAGGACCCAGAAGGGGUAAGGGUUGAGGUAACUCCAAACACGUUACAAUUUAACCAGGUAGGGGAAGAGAUGAGCUAUGAGGUGAAAUUUAGUUUGAAGGGGGGCUUGCCUAAGCCAGCUGCUGGUGAGGUGAGAGAAGGGCGAUUGAAUUGGGAUUCUGGGAAGUAUUAUGCUAGUAGCCCAAUAGUGGUCACAUUUGUUUGAGAUGCAACUUAUGCACUGUUGUUAUAAGAAUAUAUAUUUAUGUAAUCAAUGAUCGAAUAAUAUCAUUGUUUAACAUUUGAA